AUGACAUAUCCUCCGAGGGAGCCCAGAGGCACUACGGCGAAGCGAAGGGUCAAGCAAGGCGAGCCCUUCGACCCAGAAGAUUUAUGUCGCCGCCUCGAAAUCCAUCUGGCAGAGCAAAGAUUCAAAGCAGAAAAACGGCGAGAAGCUAGAGCCGCGAAAGCUGCCGCAACUGAGGCAAAUGGAAUAUAUCACCAUAUUCCCAAGGUGGCAGCAACAGCAUUCCAAAGAACCGCAACACCAGAUGUUCUGCGACAGGUUCACAAACUUGCCGAACCCGUGCUGAAAACACAGUUAAGCAUCCACAACGAAGAACCCGGACUUUCAGCUCUCAAGAAAACCCAGGCCCGGGAUCAAGUAGCAAUCGAAAAAGAAUGUGUGAGAACUCGUAAUCAAUUCCAAUGGACCCACGAUAUGGAAGAAGCUGUGGUUUUGGACAUCGAUCGUGAUUUGUACAAGCCGCCACAGCGAACAUUCCAACCAGAAACAUCACAUUUACGAAUUUUGCGUAAUUCAAACGUAAUUCAACGCUUCAGUACGUCAGACAUGCUAUCGGACGAUGAACAACUUGUCCACGGGGCCGCGAAGCCGAGAUCCAAGCCAUUGUUUGAAGCAAACGAUAGACAUGACUGGGCUCAGAGGGAUGAUGUUGAGAACGGGCAUACGAAACGAGAAUGGGUAACUCCAUUUUUAAGAAAGAAGGAUUCGAGUUGGAUGAUGAUGGUCAGGGGAGAGAAGAGCAUUGGACACAAGAAUGGAGUAUUAACGAACAUCGGGAACCUUGGCUCACCAACUGAUGCCAGCAAGGGCGGAAAGGGAAGAUUUCUUGCACGGUUUAAACGGCAUCCUAGUUGA